AUGUACAAGAUCUCAACAAACCCUAGGUUUACGCGUAUCCACGCAGGCAAACAGACCCCCGUACUGCAGAUAGCCGAGGUAAAGCACGCGCUUCCCAAGGAUAUGAUAGAGGAUGAUUGGUAUAUGCUAACAGACGAUCUCAAACGAUACAACGCCGAAUACCUGUCGGUGAUCGACCGACCCGACGCAUUCCAGAUCUGGACAAUGGAACUCCGGAUUUCUCAAAAGGAAAGGGAGAAUUUUACCCUGCUUGGGGACAUCGCCCUCCUCAGGAAGGCAAAAUUACGCCAAGAACGGAUCAAUGGGAUAUUCGACAUACUGGACGAAUCUGAUUUGGAAGAGUAUGUCUGUGAUGACGUCUACGACCACCCCCUGCUCAAAGGGAUUGAAGACUUGUGUGAUGAUGGUGUGUCGGAUUUCAAAGCCUGCCUUGUUCUCCCUGUUGAGCCCCCAUCAGACCUAGCCGCUGUCCAUGCAAAGAUGGUGCAAUUCUGCAAACGGAAGCAGACCGAGCGGUUCGAGAAUCGGCGGAUGUGGUCCCUGACCAGGCAAUAUGAGCCUGUGCAAGAAUACUGGGACGAGGCCAUUGCGCACAUGCCACCCAACGGCGUGUAUCCCCCUGUAUGCGACGUUAUCGCGCUUCUACCGUACAAGAACUACGAACGCGAACUCCCUAUCAUUCGUGGAAUCUGGAUUAUGCACAUCAAGGACGCGUGUUCUCCGACUCUCGGAUUCCAGCGCAUCGUCGACCAGUGGCGAGCCGCCAAGGACAAGGAGCUCGUCACUAUAAUGUCGGAGGCCCUCGGACGUACCACAGCCGCGGAUGACCUACCUCUCGCUACGACAUUCUUCACAUGUACAAAUCCUGACGGCAAACAACCGGGCAUCGGCUAUCCUCGCAUCCUCGUUACGCCCGGCACCUACAGCGCGGAUGACCUCGAUGAUUCAGAAGAGCGCGACGACAUGGUCAGAAUCCUGCAAGAGACGCCUUGGAAUCGGAACGGCGAACGGGUUAGCUUCGACCACCUCACCCACGACGCAGCGCGAAAGAUCGUCUCGCUCGCUGGACUGGAUCCUGAAAAAGCUACCGCGGCGGAAUUGGAUGCGCUCGGAGCUUGGUUUACCUGUGGGGAUUGCAGCACGCCAGGCAACAAGCGUGUCAUGCAGUGGCAGCAGGCGAUCAUGCAUAGCCGACCCAUCAACGAUGCGUACGAGCUUUGCAAGAGUUCCAGCGGACCGGCUCUGCGCGUCCUGGACGAGAGGGAUUGGCCCCAAGCAGAAGCGGCUCGAGAUUCUCAAUGGCGCAUCCCUGGAGAGCCCGCCCUUGACCCAGGCUCGGACAUCCGCGAAGGCCUACGCGAAGACGACGAGGACGCCUGGGUGUUGUUGCGGUGCGUGCACUGCAGCUGGAAUGUGUAUUCGAAUCACAUGUCCGAGCACAUGCAAAUGGAGCACGGAGUCACUCGCGCGCGACCUCGAGACGUCAUCUUGCCUCUCGAUGAGAUCGACACAGGCGAAUACUUCAUGUAA